UCACACUUCACAAAAAAACUGUUAGCCUAUUCAAAGAUUUUUCUCUCUACAUGUGAGUUUCUAGCCAUCUACCUUUCUCUUUCCAAUACCAUCCUUUUUCUUUCUUCUCUUUUUCUUUUUUUCCCCUUUAAACAAGUGAAAAUUAUUCUAGUUGAGAUCUAAUACUAUGUAGAGUUUUGGUGGUGGUUCUAGUUGAGAUGUGGCGCCGUGGCGGGGGUGGUGGGUUUUUGGUUUUGGGGUUAUGGUUAUGGUUAUGAACCCUUCAUGCUCCUUGUUCUCCACCUUUUAUAUUAUUAAAACGUAGUCUCCCCAUUUGUUCUGUUACCUUUGCUUCCAUCUCUCCAUAUUCUUGCUUCUUCUUCACCUUUACACGAUGGCUGAACCAUUUCUGUAUGGUGUCAUUGCUUCCCUUAGAUCCAAAUUGGAAACCUCUUAUGAUGUUGAGGUCAUUCCAUCUGACAUGAGGGCGGAGUUGAAAGAAAAACUCACUCGCCUGCAUUUUGAUAGUUAUUUAUUUGAUAGAAACUUGAUCCAUAAAAAUGCCCUCUAUAAAGCCGACGAUAUUCUGGAUGAUGCUGACAAUGAUCCGAAUUUUCGUCGUAGGGGUCGAGAGGUUUUCUCAACAUUGAAUAGCAUUCUUGGGUCCAUAUUAAGUGGGAAGGAAAUCAAGAAAGGAAUCCUUUCCCUUUUAAGUACUGAAUUAUCUGAGUUUUUACCUGAGAAACUAGAAUCGGCUGAUGUUGGUCUAGUAUCAUGCUUUGCUUAUUGCGCUUUGUAUCCCAAAGGUCAUAGAAUUAUCAGAGAAAUUCUGGUGAAUCAAUGGAUGGCUGAGGGAUUCUUGUCGCCAACAGCUGGUGAAGAACUGGAGGAUGUAGGAAACCGCUAUUUUAAUGAGCUAUUUCGUAAAGGCACAUUUCAAGAUCCUGUCUAUGCUUUCGGUCUUAGUCUUGAUCAUGCUCAGGUUGCAAUAUACAGCUGUGUGAUGCACCCCUCUGCACAUGAUGACGCAUGCCGUAUUGCUGCUCAAGAGGUACAAGUUAUAGAUUCUAUUAUGUCUUAUUUUUCCAAUUCAUCUUCGCCAGCAGGUGUUAGGUAUCUCUCUGUCUGCCAUGAUGGCAUGAAAUUGUCUCCAAAGUCGAACCUGUCACCGCAGACAUACGGUGAGGCCAGAACAUUCUUGUUCUUUGGGAGUUACAUCGAUGAUGACGAUUAUAUAUCAAUGGUUUUCUUGAGGAGCUUCUUGAGAUGUAAGUGUCUUCGUGUUUUAGACGUGUCUGAAGUACAAAGUGCAAAUCUGAGUACACAAGGGCCUCAUAUUGGAGCGCACUUAAGGUAUUUGAGCUUGUCUCGAAAUCACUACAUAAAGAAAUUUGACUUUCAUUACGGCUCCAAAUACCUUCAAACACUGGCUCUGGAUGGCUGCACCCGGCUAGAGGACUUGGUCUUGGAAAGCCAGUUUACAAGGCUCAGGCACUUGUACUUGACGUCGAAGCAAAAGACUCUGAACCUCUCUGGAUUGACUAAUCUACGAAUUCUAGAGCUUUCCGGUUGCGGAGAGCUGAGGCUUUUAACGGAUGACAUAAAAGAUCUGACUGUCCUCACAACACUGCGCAUAUUUGAUUGUCCAAAAUUGCUUUCUCUUCCCAACAAUAUGGAUUGCCUAACUCGCAUCCAGGAGUUGGUUUUCCAUGAUUGUCCGAGUCUCUUACUGACAGAUGGGAGAUGUAUGAAUACAUUGCCUAAUCUUCGACGCUUGGAACUUAUAAGGCUCCCUAAGUUGGUUGAAUUACCUGUUGGGCUUCAAUCUGCCACUGCUCUUCAGUAUUUCAUGGUUGCCGACUGUCAAAAUUUGGACAGGUUAACGGAUGUGCUGGGAAGUCUUAUAUCUCUUGAGGGGUUUUAUAUAUACAAAUGUCCAAAAUUAUUGGCUCUACCAGGAGCAAUCAGCAAUUUAACUAGCUUGCGAUCCCUACACAUUAGAGGAUGUCCAGAGUUGGUCAAGAAGUACAAUUCAGAUAAAGACAAUGAUGAAAUCAUUCUUAAACUAGAGGACUUCGAAGAUCAGGAGGAAAAUGUUAACAAGAAGCCAAGUUCAGCUGCAGGCAAUGAGGCUGCUGAGUUAUUAGGUUCUCAAUCAAAUACAUACUUUCCUCGGAUUUUGCCAUAUUUCACGUUGAAAAUGAACAUGCUGAGAGAACCCGCAUAUUCAAAAGACUACAGUUCCGACAGCUUUGAUGAAUCAGACAUAGACGAAGACGAAGUUGAUAUAGAGGAAUACGAUAAGCAAAAACUGAAUUUGUCCGAAGACAAUGAUGCUCCUAUAUCAUCAUCAACUUUGGGUUCUCAGUCCAAAACGAAAAUGCCAAGAGUAGCCGAAUAUCGAAAAGGCUUGCACAACCAAGAUUCAGAAUCAAUUAAUAUGUAUAGCAAGGUCGAUAUUAAUGAAGAAAGAAAGAAGAUACUGAUCGAAUUGCAAGAGGAGUUAUUAGAAGAGCCGAAACUCUAUUGUUCUCUAUUUGGAGGUGAUUAUGAAUUUGAGAAAGACACAAUAGUUCAAUUAUGGAUGGCUGGAGGGUUUUUGAACAAUGUGCAGAUUGAAGAAGGCUUUUUAAAGAGAUCCGACAUGGAUGGGGAGCUUAUGAAGCAGAUGCAAAUGGAAGAUGCUGGUAACUUAUGUUUUGAGAUUCUUGAGAAGCAUGAGUACCUCUUACCUUCAAGACUUGACAUUUCAUCAGGGAAAAUGAUGUACAAAAGUAACCCUGACAAAACUGAGGCUUCUUUCGUUGAGACGCAAAGUCAUGAUCUUUAUUCCCAAUUGAUCAAAGAACAAAGUUCAGAUUGUGCUCCACCUAUAAAGUCUCGCCAUGUCUCAGUGUUGGUUGAUCGUAUCAAUGAAACAACUUUCACGACAUUAAAAAAAAUUGAUGGAUUGAGGACACUUCUAUUCCUCCGUAAUUACGGUUCUUCACUCAAACAGAUACCAUCUGGAGUUUUUUUAGCUCUUAAAUCUUUGCAAGCAUUGGAUUUGAGUGGAAGUGAGAUAACUCAGCUGCCAAGCUCCAUACAGUAUUUGACACUGCUACGCUAUCUUGAUCUUUCAUACACACCAAUUGAAAGGUUACCGGAUUCUAUAGGUUGCCUUCACGAGCUACAAACCUUGAAACUUAAAGGAUGCAAACAUCUUUGUGAGCUUCCCAAAGGUAUGGGAAAAUUAACCAACCUUCGCCAUUUGUACUUUGAUGUUCUUGGCCAGUUGAGUUACAUGCCUAGAAGCUUAGGAGCCCUUACUGAGCUUCGCACCCUUUCGGCAUUUCUUGUGGACGAUAGAGAUGGUUGCAACAUUAACGAGUUGAAGGGUUUGAAUAACCUCAGUGGUUUCUUUUGCCUCUCCGGAUUGGAGAAUGUACCUUCAGACUCGGUUGAUGAUGGUCUUUUAAGGGAUAAAAAGGGCCUUACUCAGUUGCAUUUAAGAUGGGAUCGUCUUAGAGAUAAAAAUUAUGGUGACCACACUCAAGUAAUUCAAAAGCUCCAGCCUCACUCAUGCUUACAGGAGUUGGAGAUGUAUUGUUACCCUGGCUCCCAGCUCCCAAUUUGGAUGGGCAAGAAAUACGAGCUCGAGAAGCUUGUUCGUAUUGUCCUAUUUGAAUGUGAAAACAAUGAGCUCGACAUAUCUCUUGGAGCGCUACCGAAUCUCGAGUAUCUUGAAAUUGUUCAAAUGAAUAAUGUGUCGAAGAUCGAUAAUAAUGUUCUAUGGAGAUGAUAAUGUUGCAUUUCCUAAGUUGGAGACGCUAAUUAUUGACGGUAUGUCUAGUUUGGAAGGAUGGGAACGAACAAAAAGUUGUGAUUUUCCAGCCCUUUCUACGCUCGUGAUCAAGCAAUGUCCAAAGUUGGCUACACUUCCAUUCCUCCCAUACCUGCAUUGCUUGAAACAUGCGGAGAUAAGCCGUUGCGAAAUUUUUGAAUCAGUACCCCAUACUACGAAAGAGACUCUGAUUAUCAAUCGUUGUUCGAUUUUAGAGAAGAGCUGCUCAAAGGGAAGUACAGAUUGGGAGAGUAUACGGAAAGUGCCCAAUAUCUGGAUUAAUCAUGAAGAUCCCCGCACAUUGAAUGAAGACGAUACACAGAAUGAUAGCGAGGGUACAGGCAGCAACUCCGACUAUUCUGAUGAUUCUGAUUUAGGCGAAGACCAAGUUGAUCGAAAGGAUAACGGACAAACAUCAGAUGCUGAGUUGCAAAGGGAUACUAGUGUGGAAUAAUAUUAUAUCUCGAGCUAUGAGUUUACUUAUGUUUAUCUUGCUUUAUAUAGGAACUCUCUUGGUUUUACCUUACUCAUAAAGUAAGGGUUUUACAAGUGAGAUUUCUUAACAAUAAUGUUCAAACUUGCCUUUAGAUGUUUUGAACCUUUAAAUAGUAUCAAUUUGUAAGAGUUAUUAUUGGAUGAGUUUAGCUCUUUAUUUAAUUAUCUAAAUCAGUGUGUAACUGAAAUGAUACUUCGAGUUUUUACUUUGAAUAAUACUUUUAUGUUCUUCAUCAAAAUAUGUA